GUUCCCACUGUUGGCACCUCUUCUUCUCUCCCUGCUCCACGCAGCAGGAAGUGAUGUCACAGGGGAGGAGGUGGACAGGAAGCCAAACUUUGUCCUGAUGAUGGUGGACGACUUGGGUAUUGGUGAUGUAGGUUGCUACGGUAACAAUACCAUCAGGACUCCUAACAUUGACAGACUGGCUUCUGAAGGGGUGAAACUGACUCAGCACAUUGCGGCUGCUCCUCUCUGCACUCCGAGCCGGGCUGCUUUCAUGACGGGGCGUUAUGCGCUCCGCUCAGGAAUGGGUAGCGUAGGCCGUGUGCAGGUGCUGCUCUUCCUCGGAGGGUCGGGCGGGCUUCCAACAAGUGAGAUCACCUUCGCUAAGAGGCUGCAGCAACAAGGAUACACCACCGGCCUAGUGGGUAAGUGGCACUUGGGUGUGAACUGUGAACACAGAGGAGAUCACUGUCAUCACCCAAACCAGCACGGCUUCAGCUACUUCUACGGCCUGCCGUUUACCCUGUUCAAUGACUGUCUGCCCGGACAUGGGAGUGAUAUUCUGGCAGACCUCCAGCACACACUCCAAAAUCUGCUCAGUAUACUUGGAGUUGGUCUUUUCACACUGGUGUGUGUCCGUGUGUGUGGCCUCCUUGAUGUCAGCCUGUGGCUCCUGGUAGCACUUUUCUGUCUCAGUAUCCUAGCAACAGCCGUGUGGUAUGUGCCCUUUAAACUCCUGCCGACCUGGAACUGCAUCAUUAUGAGGAACCAAGACGUGAUUGAACAGCCAAUGACAGUGGAGACGCUGCCCCAGAGGUUGCUGGGAGAAGCGCAAAAUUUUAUAAAGAGGAACGUUGAUCGUCCAUUCCUCCUUUUCUUCUCACUUGCCCAUGUCCACACACCACUCUUCAAAACCCCUGCCUUUGCCGGCAAAAGUCGCCAUGGUUGCUACGGUGACAACAUAGAGGAAGUGGACUGGAUCAUCGGUAAGGUGACAGAGACAGUAGACUCCCUUGGUCUAGCCAACAAUACCCUGAUGUACUUUACAUCAGACCAUGGUGGACACCUAGAGGAUGCUAACUCUGUAAUGGGCCAGACAGGAGGCUGGAACAGCAUCUAUAAAGGUGGGAAGGCUAUGGGGGGCUGGGAGGGUGGGAUAAGAGUACCUGGUAUUUUCCGCUGGCCUGGCAGACUGGCAGCUGGGAGAGAAGUAGACGAACCCACUAGUCUUAUGGACCUGUACCCUACCCUGAAGUAUUUAGCCAAGGACACUCAACCAGACAGACAUUUAGAUGGCUAUAACCUAAUGCCACUGUUGGAGGGGAAAGUAGAGCGAUCAGACCACGAAUUCAUGUUCCACUACUGUGGCAUCUACCUGAACGCAGUCCGCUGGCACCCACCUGGCAGUGACUCCAUCUUCAAGGUGCACUUUUUCACUCCCAACUUUUCUCCCCCUGGAGCUGGUGGAUGCUAUGACACUAAGGUCUGUCUAUGUCACGGUGCACAUGUGACGCACCACCAUCCCCCGCUGUUGUAUGACAUUUUCCACGACCCCUCAGAGUCCCGCCCACUGACCCCUGAUACUGAGCCACGAUAUGCUGAAAUCCUUGAACAGACUGCCAAAGCUGUGGAGCGGCAUCAAAGUACUCUCACAAACAAACAGGUGUCUGACAAUGCAGAUGCACACGGCGUUGAAAGCCAGAUGACUUGGAAGAAGAUUCUGUGGAGACCCUGGCUUCAGCCCUGCUGUGGGACCUUUCCGUUCUGUGGCUGCAAAGAGGACACGCUGCAUGUUUAAGCGAAAAAUGCACCUUGUCACCUUAAAACAUGAAGAAAAAACCUUAGGGUUGGUGAAACUCCUUUUUUUUUUAAGAAUAAUAUAAUACUGUAGUUUUUAUGGCUCAGGGUGCAUUCAGGUGCUUUCACUGUUCCAAGAGCAUUUCAAAGAAAUGAAAAGGUUUAGUGUAACAACUAUCCUACCAUGCUUUUUGUUUUGGAUUUCUAACAAGACACGACUUGGAUUGAGAAGCUUGAUUUAAUCUAAAAUUUAAACUUAUUUGUACAAUGCAAUUGAUUGUUUUGUAACUGAUUGAAAUUGAAGCAACAGUCAUAUUGUGUAGUAAAAAUGAAAACGAGCACUGACAUCUUUAAAAUUGAAACAAACUUUAAAUUCAAAUCAAGGCACUCAAAAUUAAUUGAAAUACUACUGAAACAAAUCAAAAGUUAAGAGAAGAUUAAAUAAUUUCCUCACUGCGCUCCACCUGUGGUCAGUGCAUUAUUACACUAUACACUCAGUGCUGUGGAGUCAAUACUCGUGAAAGGGAACUCUGUUGUUGUUACAUGUGAGAUUCAUUUAAUGAAGGAUCUGUUCAUUUGGUGCUCUUAUUUCUUACAAUGUCGUCAGUGCUUGGAGUGCAUGAUACAAUAAAAAGGUUACU